AGCCCACACCAAUCGAUCGCAAGUUCGGCCAGUACCCACACCCGCCAAGCCUACACGCUCGAGCUCGUCGCAGCACUACUCAGAUCUCGCGCGAUCUCUCUCCGUCAACGAAAAAGCCACUCGACCGCAUCAGACCUACCCACAACCACCCACCAUGCCGAAAGCAAAGCAAAAGCGCAGCAAAGGCGCGGACAAAGAUGCCUCUCCCUACGCGCGCCCCGCCGCCACUUCCGCAAAAGCCUCCGCCGCGCACUCAAUCUUUAAGAUGGACAAAGACCUCGGCCAGCACAUCUUGAAAAACCCCGGUGUCGCAACCGCCAUCGUCCAAAAAGCGCACCUGAAACAAUCCGAUCACGUCCUCGAAGUGGGUCCGGGAACAGGAAACUUGACAGUCUUGAUUUUGAAGGCGGCCAAACAAGUAACAGCCGUAGAAAUGGAUCCCCGUAUGGCCGCCGAAUUGACAAAACGAGUCCAAGGCAGUCCCGAGGAGAAGCGAUUGACGAUACGCUUGGGCGAUGUGAUAAAAGCCGAACUACCUCGUUUCGACGUCUGCAUAAGCAACACGCCUUAUCAAAUUUCCUCACCCUUGGUCUUCAAACUGCUCGCCCUCGCCCACUCACCCCGCUGCUGCAUCCUCAUGUUUCAGCGCGAAUUCGCCAUGCGCCUCUUCGCACGUCCAGGCGAGAAACUCUACUCCCGUCUCUCCGUCAACGUGCAGAUGUGGAGUAAAGUCUCCCACGUCAUGAAAGUAGGCCGCAACAACUUCAACCCGCCGCCGCAGGUCGAGAGCAACGUUGUGCGUAUCGAGCCGAAGAACCCACGGCCGCAAAUUGCGUAUGAGGAGUGGGAUGGAUUGCUCCGGAUAUGUUUUGUGCGGAAGAACAGGACGUUGAGGGCGAGUUUUUUGGGUACGGCGGCGGUAUUGGAACUGCUAGGGGGGAAUUAUCGGUUGUGGUGUGCGCAGAACGAUAUUGCCGUUGAUGAUUCGCCUGUCGAUCCUUCAGAGAUCACGGAAGACAACAACGACGAAGCGGACAUGGACCUCGAUGACGAAUUCAAAGGUUUCUCCGACCCCGACGAUCCCGACGACGAGCUCCCUGAUUUCUUCAAACAACUCCAGGCGGAGAGCAAGAAGAGGGUCAAUGGUGUGAACAGGAAGAGGAAGGGGAGGUUGAGCGAGUUGGUCAGGGAGAAGGUGAGGAAGGUGUUGGAAGAUGAGACGCAGUUGGCGGAUAAGCGGGCGCGGUUGUGUGAUGAAGGGGAUUUCUUGAAGCUACUCUAUGCUUUCAACCAAGAGGGUAUACAUUUCAGUUAGAUGAGUGGAUGUGACGGGGGAAGUAAGGGAAGAUGGUGGUAGUGCAUUUUCAUGGCGUUUUCUUUUGACUUGACGCGAUUUUGUUCGCAGCAUGGGAGGCGUUUGGGGUAUACCAAAAAGCAUGAGGCGUUUCGAUCCUUAACGAUUUACGGACAACAGGACCAGGGAGAAUCUGUGCUAGCAAUCGAACGCUAGUUACUUGGGUAUCUAAACUACACCACA